GUAGGCAAGUAGUACUGUAUGAUGACCUCUAGAUACACCAAAAUUACUAUAAGGAGGUUAUCAUUCACUCACUCUAAAAUCUAAAUCCAGUGACAAGUGGAGGGUUUAAACUAUAACACAUGGCAGCACCACCGAAAACCAGAAAAGUAACUAACUUUUGCUAUUCUUCUCAUCAACAAAGACACCCAUCAAUUCCACUUCUAAUCCUUUCAAACUGUACAGAAUUCUCUGUUUAUUUGGAUCUUCCAUUUUUCAAGCUAAACUAUCGCAGAGGCGCACAGGAAUAGAAUCUUACAGCCACGUCUUCUUUGAGUAUUGAAGUAAAUGGCACAAGCAAAAACAGAAAAGACUUCGAAACUUGCAAAUUAUGAUGCUUACUUUGAGAUGGUCCAGAGCAGAAAGAAGUUGCCCCGUAAUUUACAGGAAACUUUGACUGAUGCAUUUGCAAAAAUUCCAGUUUCAUCCUUCCCUCAAGUCCCAGGAGGCAAAGUGAUUGAAAUAGAUGCGGACACUUCCAUAGGCGACGCUGUCAAGAUUCUUUCUGAAUCCAACAUCCUAUCAGUUCCUGUGAGGAAUCCAGCUGCUCAGAAUAGUAAGGAUUGGCGAGAAAGAUACUUAGGCAUCCUAGAUUACUCAGCUAUUGUUCUUUGGGUCCUGGAGGGCGCAGAUGCAGCAGCGGCUGCCUUAUCAGCAAGUUCGGCAGCAGCGGCAGGAGUUGGAGCAGGUGCUGUUGGUGCUCUUGGAGCACUGGCAUUGGGUGCAACAGGUCCUGCUGCAGUUGCAGGUCUAACAGUGGCUGCAGUCGGUGCAGCUGUGGCAGGUGGAGUGGCUGCAGAUCGAGGAGCAGGAAAGGAUGCUCCAACUGCAGCUGAUAAGUUGGGUGAGGAUUUCUACAAGGUUAUCCUUCAAGAAGAACCCUUUAAGUCGACGAAGGUGAGCUCCAUCAUAAAAUCCUAUCGGUGGGCACCAUUUGUUCCAGUAGCAACAGACAGUUCUAUGUUGAGUGUCUUGCUGCUGCUAUCAAAAUAUAGGAUGCGGAACGUACCGGUGAUUGAAAGAGGAAAUCCAUUCCUUAAGAACUUCAUAACACAAUCGGCUGUUAUACGGGGUCUUGAAGGAUGCAAAGGGAGGGAUUGGUUUGACUGCAUCUCUGCUCAUCCUAUAUCAGAGCUUGGCCUCCCUUACAUGUCCCCUGAUGAGGUUAUUUGCGUUCAAAAUGAUGAACUGAUUUUGGAAGCAUUCAAGAAAAUGAGAGAGAACAAUAUUGGAGGACUUCCAGUUGUAGAAGGGCCAAAGAGGAAGAUAGUUGGCAAUGUGAGCAUAAGAGACAUCAGAUUUUUGUUACUCAAGCCUGAACUCUUCUCCAAUUUCAGGCAGCUGACAGUCACGGGCUUCAUGAACACAGUUGCUUCGGUAACUCAUGAUGCCACAAAGGUCUCUACACCAAUAACAUGCAAGCUUGAUUCAGCUCUUGGUAACGUGAUAGACACUCUUGCAUCCAAGUUGGUUCACAGGAUCUACGUGACAGCUGGGGAAGAUGAUGAAGUCAUUGGCGUAAUUACGCUCAGAGAUGUCAUUUCUUGCUUCAUAUUUGAACCACAAAACUUCUUUGAUAACUACUUUGGAUUUUCUGCGCAAGAAAUGCUAGGGCAAUGAUACUUCUGUUGGUGAAUAAGCAGGAUAUAUGGGGGAUUUCAAAAGAACCAGCACCAGGUCUUUGGCAUAAGAUCAAAGAAACAGUCUCGAGUACCGCUUUAACAUGUACAAGGUGUUCCUUUUAUGCGACUCGUGCAGCAUUAUCGCUUGGUAGUUUUUUGAGUUUUUUUGUUUCUCCAGUUCAUUCAAAUUUCAAGGUCAUUUGGUCUUACUACCUAACUACAAAUAGGGAUCGAUAGUGACAAAUAUAAUAAAAAAUUUCAUUUUUUUUUUAAAUAAUGCUCCACUGUGAUGUUAGAAUA